AUGUCUAAGCCCCUGGAGGCCGAGAAGCAAGGUCUGGACUCCCCGUCAGAGCACACAGACACGGAAAGAAAUGGACCAGACACUAACCAUCAGAACCCCCAGAAUAAGGCCUCCCCGUUCUCUGUGUCCCCGACUGGCCCCAGCACCAAGGUGGGCAUUCUCUCUGGCCUGCACUUAACAUUCUGGGGUCCCGGACCCUGCCUCUCUCCCCCCCAGAUCAAGGCUGAAGACCCCAGCAGUGACUCAGCCCCAGCGGCACCCCUGCCCCCCCAGCCAGUUCAGCCGCAUCUGCCCCAGGCCCAACUCAUGUUGACGGGCAGCCAGCUAGCUGGGCUCACGGCGCUGAUGCCAGCUCAGCAGCAGCUCCUCCUGCAGCAAGCGCAGGCCCAGCUCCUGGCCGCCGCGGCCGCCGCCGCCUCCUCCUCCUCCUCCUCCUCUUCCUCCUCCUCCUCGACCUCGCAGCCCCCAGCCUCCUCCGGGGGAGGCGACCUGCCGCCACCACAGCCUGCCAGCCAGCCCCCCGGGACCCCACAGCUCACCCUGUCCCAACCCAUCCAGCUCACAGCACAGGACAUCCAGCAGCUCCUCCAGCUCCAGCAGCUGGUGCUUGUGCCGGGUCACCACCUCCAGCCACCUGCUCAGUUCCUGCUGCCGCAGGCCCAGCAGAGUCAGCCAGGCCUGCUACCGACGCCAAAUCUAUUCCAGCUACCUCAGCAAACCCAGGGAGCUCUUCUGACCUCCCAGCCCCGGGCAGGGCUGCCCACACAGCCCCCCAAAUGCUUGGAGCCACCAUCCCAUCCCGAGGAGCCCAGUGACCUGGAGGAGCUGGAGCAGUUCGCUCGCACCUUCAAGCAACGCCGCAUCAAGCUGGGCUUCACGCAGGGUGACGUGGGUCUGGCCAUGGGCAAGCUCUACGGCAACGACUUCAGCCAGACGACCAUCUCCCGCUUCGAGGCCCUCAACCUGAGCUUCAAGAACAUGUGCAAACUCAAGCCUCUCCUGGAGAAGUGGCUCAACGACGCAGAGACUAUGUCUGUGGACUCAAGCCUGCCCAGUCCCAACCAGCUGAGCAGUCCCAGCCUGGGUUUCGACGGGCUCCCCGGCCGGAGACGCAAGAAGAGGACCAGCAUCGAGACAAACGUCCGCUUCGCCUUAGAGAAGAGUUUUCUAGCGAACCAGAAGCCUACCUCAGAGGAGAUCCUGCUGAUCGCAGAGCAGCUGCACAUGGAGAAGGAGGUGAUCCGCGUCUGGUUCUGCAACCGGCGCCAGAAGGAAAAACGCAUCAACCCCUGCAGCGCGGCCCCCAUGCUGCCCAGCCCGGGCAAGCCAGCCAGCUACAGCCCCCAUCUGGUCACGCCCCAAGGGGGUGCCGGGACCCUGCCGUUGUCCCAAGCUUCCAGCAGUCUGAGCACAACAGUUACUACCUUAUCCUCAGCUGUGGGGACCCUCCACCCCAGCCGGACAGCUGGAGGGGGUGGGGCCGGGGGCGGGGCCGCGCCCCCCCUCAAUUCCAUCCCCUCUGUCACUCCCCCACCCCCGGCCACCACCAACAGCACAAAUCCCAGCCCUCAAGGCAGCCACUCGGCUAUCGGCUUGUCGGGCCUGAACCCCAGCACGGGAAGCACAAUGGUGGGGUUGAGCUCCGGGCUGAGUCCAGCCCUCAUGAGCAAUAACCCUUUGGCCACUAUCCAAGCCCUGGCCUCUGGUGGAACCCUGCCCCUUACCAGCCUUGACAGCAGCGGGAACCUGGUGCUGGGGGCGGCUGGCGCGGCCCCAGGGAGUCCGGGCCUGGUGACCUCGUCACUCUUCUUGAACCACGCCGGGCUGCCCCUGCUCAGCGCCCCGCCUGGUGUGGGCCUGGUCUCGGCAGCCGCUGCGGCCGUGGCGGCCUCCAUCUCCAGCAAGUCUCCUGGCCUCUCCUCGUCCUCGUCCUCGUCCUCGUCCUCGUCCUCCACUUGCAGUGAGGCGGCUGCACAGACCCCUGGAGGCCCAGGGGGGCCCGAGGUGGGGUCCAAGCCUGAGUGA